CGGGAUCGGCGGCGCGAUGAACCUGGAGCUGCUCGAAUCCUUCGGCCAGAACUACCCCGAGGAGGCGGACGGGACGCUGGACUGUAUCAGCAUGGCUCUGACGUGCACCUUCAACCGCUGGGGCACGCUGCUGGCCGUGGGCUGCAACGACGGCAGGAUCGUCAUCUGGGACUUCCUGACCCGCGGCAUCGCCAAGAUCAUCAGCGCCCACAUCCACCCCGUGUGCUCGCUCUGCUGGAGCCGGGAUGGGCACAAACUGGUCAGUGCCUCCACCGACAACAUCGUGUCCCAGUGGGAUGUGCUGUCUGGGGACUGUGACCAGAGGUUCCGCUUCCCCUCGCCCAUCCUCAAAGUCCAGUACCACCCCCGGGACCAGAACAGGGUGCUGGUGUGUCCCAUGAAGUCAGCCCCAGUGAUGCUGACCCUGUCAGACUCCAAGCAUGUGGUGCUGCCCGUGGAUGAUGACUCUGACCUCAACGUGGUGGCCUCGUUUGACCGGAGAGGGGAAUACAUCUACACUGGGAAUGCCAAGGGCAAGAUCUUGGUCUUAAAAACAGACACUCAGGAUCUUGUUGCUUCCUUCAGAGUGACCACAGGGACCAGCAACACCACGGCCAUUAAAUCCAUCGAGUUCGCCCGCAAAGGGAGCUGCUUCCUGAUCAACACGGCCGACCGGAUCAUCCGCGUGUACGACGGGCGCGAGAUCCUGACCUGCGGCCGCGACGGCGAGCCAGAGCCCAUGCAGAAACUGCAGGACCUGGUCAACAGGACCCCCUGGAAGAAGUGCUGCUUCUCGGGGGACGGCGAGUACAUCGUGGCGGGCUCUGCCCGGCAGCACGCGCUCUACAUUUGGGAAAAGAGCAUCGGGAACCUGGUGAAAAUCCUCCACGGCACCCGCGGAGAGCUCCUGCUGGAUGUGGCAUGGCAUCCCGUCCGACCCAUCAUCGCCUCCAUUUCCAGCGGGGUGGUUUCCAUAUGGGCGCAGAACCAGGUGGAAAACUGGAGUGCUUUUGCCCCAGAUUUCAAGGAGCUGGAUGAAAAUGUGGAAUAUGAGGAAAGGGAAUCAGAAUUUGACAUUGAGGAUGAGGAUAAAAGCGAGCCAGAACAGACAGGAGCUGAUGCAGCAGAGGAUGAGGAGGUGGAUGUGACCAGCGUGGAUCCCAUCGCUGCCUUCUGCAGCAGUGACGAGGAGCUGGAGGAUUCCCGUGCCCUGCUGUACCUGCCCAUCGCUCCCGAGGUGGAGGAUCCCGAGGAGAAUCCCUACGGGCCCCCUCCCGACGCCGUCCCGGCCGCGCUGCCCGACGACGCCCUGGGCCCCGACAAGAAACGCCCCGGCUCCUCGGACGGGCCCCAGGCCCCCAAGAAAAAACCCAAAACCACCAACAUCGAGCUCCAGGGAGUCCCCAACGACGAAGUGCACCCGCUGCUGGGCGUGAAGGGCGACGGUAAAUCCAAGAAGAAACAAGCGGGCAGGCCCAAAGGAUCAAAAGGUAAAGACAAAGAUUCUCCAUUUAAACCGAAACUCUACAAAGGGGACAGAGGUUCUUUACCUCUGGAAGGAGGAGCCAAGGGUAAAGUGCAGGCGGAGCUGGGCCAGCCCCUCUCAGCAGGUGGUGCAAUCUCAGAGUUGCUAUGAAGAUUCUCCCUUCUCUCCCUGUCUCCUUUCCUCUCUUGGCUCCCCAGUAUGGAAACGCUGUGGAAUUCCCAGUCAGGACUGGCACAGACUGAAUUCCAUGGAUUCAGGGAGUGGUUUGGGGCAGGAAUGACUCUGGAAAGGGGAGCAGCUCCGUCCUCCUGCUGCCUCUCCGCGGAUCUGGAGAAGGCUCGGACUUGAGCUCCACUUGGGAAUUUUUUGGGACAAAUCCCUGACCCAAAGCAACCUGAGCCCCUUCCCUGCUACUCCUGAGCUUCUCCACUUUUUUAUCUCCCAAAAUCUCUCAUCAUUCCCGGAUGGAAGAGCUCCCCAGAGCGUGGAUUUGGAUUCCUGCCCGUGUCCUGCCAAGCCUCCCUUUUCCAGUUGGGAAUUCCCAUCUGGCUCAGCCCAUUCCUGCCCAGCUUUUCCCUGGCUCGUCAGGGCAGAGCUGCUGAUCCCAGCUCAGAUUUUCAGGAAUUUCCAGUGGGAUGUGAGGAGCUGAGGCCCCUCUGGAAUCUGCUUUGGUUUUGUGUUUAUUUUUCCCACUCUGCCGGUGGCAGAAGGAGCAGCUUUAGAUAAAAAUCUCAUUUUCCAAUGAUUUUUUUUUUUUUCCUCCCUAGCCUGUGAUUCCCAAAGAUCUGCUGGAAUUCCCUCCUGUCCUCUCCAGUGGUUUUGUUCCUUUUCUUCCCUAGGAAAUUCUCCAGGAAUAUCCAGGCUCCUCCUUCACUGGGAGAUAAAUUAAAACCAAUCUUUUUUCUUGGAGCUGAAACAGAACUUUUCCAAAGUUUUGGUUUUUUUGUUCUUUUUUUUUUUUUUUUUUUUUUUUUUUUGUUCCAUUUCUGGGUUAAGAAUGUAAACUGGCAGCUCAUUCCCAACCUUUUAUUCCUUCAGGAUUUCCUGGAGGAAUAGGAAUGGCACUUUCCCUGCCCAGCACCCAGAGCCUGGCACCUCUUAUCCCACACCAACAUCCUGAUAAAAGGAAAUUUCAUUCCUAAAUCCCUUUUUUUUUUUUUUUUCCCCUCAGACUUUGGAAUUUCAUUGUUCUCAGUGUUCCCCUGCAUGGAAUUCUUUGGAUUAUCAGGAAUUAUUUAAAUUUCCUGGGUGUGAAAAAGGUGGGGGGGAGAGAGAAAACAUUUUGGAAAUCAGAGGUUUUGAAAUUUUUUAAAACUUGGUGUUUUCAUUCCCAGCUUUGGUGACACUUGGCUUCAUUUUGGGAAAUUCAUGACCCCGAGUGUAAAAUUCCUGGUUUUUUUUUUUUUGUUGUUGUUUUUAUUUUAUUUUAUUUUAUUUUUUGGUUCUUUUUGCUUGUGGGGUGACUCUGCCAUGCCAAACCCAACCAGGGUUCUGGGCCUGACCCCCCCCAAAUUCAAAAUGCACAGGCCAAGGUUCUGCAGGUUGGGUUAAAACAUUGAAUUCACCCCAAAAAUCAGCUUCCUUCUGUACAGUGUAAAUGCCCUGCCUUGAUUUAUUCCCAUCCUUCCUUUAUUUCCUGCUUUAUUCCCAUCUUCAUUUCAUUUCCUGCUUUAUUCCCAUCUUUAUUUUAUUUCUCACAUUGUUUCCAUCCUUAUUUUCUGUUUUAUUCCCAUCCUUAUUUUAUUUUAUUUCCUGCUUUGUUCCCAUCCUUAUUUUCUUUCCUAUUUUAUUCCCAUCCUUAUUUUAUUUCCUGGUUAUUCCCAUCCUUACUUUAUUUUCUUUCCUGCUUUAUUCCCAUCUUUAUUGUAUUUCUCACUUUGUUCCCAUCCUUAUUUUAUUUCCCGAUUUAUUCCCAUCCUUAUUUUAUUCCUUGGAUUUGUACAAUAUUGGAUCAGCUCCUGCAGUGGUGGUGGUUCUGUGUUUGUAAAUAAAGAGGUAUCUUCCAUUUCCUAAAAUCUUGGUAAAUCUUGGCUUUUCCAUGGAAAAGUUGGGGGUUUCUGGCACGCUGGAAUUCGGGAAUCCUUCAAACACGCCGUGUUUGGGGUUUUUAGAGGAAUUUCUGUUGGUUUUAUUGAAGAGAGAGGAGUAAAUCUGGAAUAAAAACCAAACCCUGAGUGCUCCAAGAAUGGAAUUCCUGGAGAAUCCAUGGCUGCCCCAUCCCUGGAAGUGUCCCAGGCCAGGCUGGAUGGGGUUUUGGAGCACCCUG